AUGCGGCAGCUGGAGCACAGCAGUCGCAGCUAUCACUGCAGCUUUCACUGCAGCUUCCAUCAAAGAAGCUGCAGGACGGGCCAGACUCAGCUGCCCUCGGAGAGCCGAGUGCGACGGGAGCCGCGAGCAGGAGCAAAGGGCACGGCGGUGGCGAGUGACAGCAGCCGGCACCGCCCGCCGCCGGCACCGCCCGCCCCGCCGCGGCCGGGAUGGCCGCGCAUAUUUGAAGAUCAUGUUGUAUAUUUGACUUACACAAAGUCACUCACACUUUAUAAAAUUUUUACAGCUAACUUUUCUGAGCAAGUGGUUGAAAGCUUUCCAUCUGAUAUCCCUACUGGUAUAUACUAUGGAUGGGCCUGUGUUGGAAAUGGAGAUGUGCAUAAAAUGGUUUUGAGCAUAGGAUGGAAUCCCUUCUAUAAGAAUAUUAAGAAAUCAGUGGAAACCCACAUCAUCCACAGCUUCAAAGAAGACUUUUAUGGAGAAAUUCUUAGUAUAGUCAUAACUGGAUACAUUCGACCGGAAAAAAACUUUGAUUCCUUAGAUGCACUCAUUUCAGCAAUUCAGGAGGACAUUGAAGAAGCAAAAAGACAGCUAGAUCUACCAGAACAUCUUAAACUCAAAGAAGAUAACUUUUUUCAUCUGCCAGAAGGCAAAAUAGUAAACAAUCGCUGAGAAAAACCAUACAGCCUCUUUUUUUUUUUUUUAUUUCUUUUUUUUUUUUCUUUUUUCUUAUUUUCUCCUAUGUCAUGGCGCUUUUGUAUUUGCACUGCUGUCAUAGAUACUUUUGUGUCAUGUCUGUUAGGUGACUGAGAUCAGAACAACCGUACAAGAUGACUUCUGUUUUGCUUAAGUCAUCAUUAGCCCAGUCAUGCAAAAGAACAAGAAGGUUGUACUAAGUGAUUAUAGACAAGCAAUGUACAAUGUAUCCUAAUGUUACCAGGUCUUUGGAGAUCUGAGCACAUUCAGAACAUGACCAAUUUUAAUUGUAACCAUGAGGUGUGGUUAGCUCAUUUAAUGAAGAGCGUCUGUUCUUAACAUAAUGUUCUUGUCCCAUUUUCUAUGUAAUUCUUAGAUCUGAGUUUUAGCUUAGAAAAUGUUGGUGUCUGUUGACUCAGAAAAUUCCUGUGGCUAGAUAUGAUUAGAUAACAAUAGCAAGAUUAAUUCCUUGUAGUUCUUGUUUUUUUAUAUGCUGCACGGCUGUUAUGGUUGAAGCUGUUACUUUAAUUGAAAUUAUUUAUUUUAAGUUUAUUUGAAAUGGAAGUAAUUGCUAUUGCUCAUUGUAUUGCUAGAAUCUGAACUAUAUUUCUUCACACUUGACAGAACAUAUGAUAACUCAUGACUUGUGUCAUUUAAUUCUGAAGAAGUGUUUCACUUAAUUUCAAAAAAUGAGUAGAAGUGUGAAAGCUGAUAAACUUUAAGGUUCAGGCGUAAAAGAUGAAUAAACAAUAUAACAAGACUUCUGGUCAUUGCACCUUAAAGGAAAAGAGGUAGUGAAACACAAAUUUGCAUUUUAUGUGCUGCUGGUAGUUUUCAUAGGGAAAUCUUGAGGUUAUUCACUGCACUGGCAAUAAAAUGACUGGCUUCAAGGUUUGCAUUAUUGUAAGGCACAGAAAAAUUUCAUCAACACUCUGCUCUAGGUGCAGGUAAGAGCCAAGGUUUUGGGAGACCAAGUAGAUAAAUACACAAAUGAAAACCUUUGGGGAUUUAUUACAUAAUGUAUCAACACUAGAAGGAAUAUUGGUUAUUUUUUAUAAGUAGUUGCAGACAGUCUUAUUGUGAAAUGUGGGGAUACAAGUGAGGGUUGGACUAGAUGAUCUCUGAAUGUCCCUUAUAACCCUAACUAUUCUAUGAUAGCUAAGUGGAAGGAGGUGUGACAGUUGAUGUAAUUUGAAAAAUACUUUGAAAUAAGUAUAUGAUGUGUGAAUCAAUACCUAGUCUUCUUUUCCUUUGAUAAAUUUUUCUAUCCCUGGGUGAAUGGAAGCAGGUUAGCUACAGUGACUGUCAAAAUUAUAACUUUUUGACAUCGCUCUCUGAUAUGUCUUGGACAUAUUCUGAAAUUCAAAAUACUUCUUUAAAUAUGUCUCAGCUGUGAUUCUCUGUCUGAACUAUGAUGUUCAAUAUGGAACGCACAAUUUCUGUAGUGAAAUUUGAUUAAUUUACUCCUUGUCCUAUUCUUAUCCUACCUUUUACUCUAGAAUUUGAGUUUUUGCAAAACAGCUGUUUCAAUCUUUGUGGUGAGUGCUGUCGUUAGUUUCACUUCAUAUUGCUUUAAAUUCUAGCCAGUAACAUGGGCUGUUAUUAGGGAAGAUGGCUCAUGUUUGCUCUUUAGGAUUUCAGGAGAAAAGUUGAUUUUGCUUAAAUGAAUUCUUCGCCAGUGGUGUUGAUAGCAGAGGCAGAUACAAUACAUUUUGGAGAGAUGGACAUGGGACAAUCUACUUUCUUUUAAAGGAGAAAAGAAAUAAUUUACUGGGCUUUUUACUAUAUAAUGUGUUAGAAACUGUAUUUUUAAAAAGUCUGUAAAAUCUCUUGGAAGAUUGGUGAUUGAAAUUUUAAAAAGCAGAGAUAAAGGGAUAAAUUUUUUUUGCUAAGAGUUUAUGCAUUCUUCAGAUUGUAGUAACAUUAAAAUCAUAUAUUUUACUACUCUUUCUAGAAAAUAAGCAGAAGCCACACUAGUCAAUAGAGUAUGUUGUCAACAUUAGAUUGUUGUUCAUCAUGGUACUGUAGCUAAACACCUGUAGCUGCCUUUAAAAUUGAUUUUUGCCAGUAAUGUCUUGGGUCUGUUGUGUAAACUAUGGUGCCUUAGGCUGGUUCUGAAUAAUACUUUUCUGUAUCUGCUAAUAAAUGCCACUAUCAAAAAUUCAACUCACCAUUUGAUUGUAGAACUACUGUGCUAUGGAUAAAGAACAGUAGCAAAGGGAAAACUUGAAAGACUUAACUUGCUCUCAUAUCCUAGCUGAAGUAUGAUAUAUGAAUACACUGAACUAAGAAACUGCUCUUUAGGUGUUUGUCUUCAAAGAGAGUGUGUUAGUACAUCCAUUUGGCUGAGUGUACCUGACCAUGUUAUUUAAGAGAAAAUGUUAUGCAUUGCUCUUUAAGCUCAAUAUGUAAUUCCUAACACAAUAUAAACUUUAUUUUUGUAUUAUGUACAAGUAGCUGUAUUUUGGUUGAUGCUGUUGCACUGUACCAUUACUAAAGGAACUGUAAUUGACAAAUUUAUUCUUCUUGUCUUGGAUUUCCUUUCAUUUGCCACUCCUAGCAAAGGAGUUGUUUCAGUUGUUUCAGUUUUAGGCAAAACUUUAUGGGGAUGAGUGCCUUAUUUUGAAUUUCUAAAUCUUUACAUGAUUUUAUAUUCCUCUUUGUUCUGAAGGUGCAAUGAUUAAAUCCACAGAACAAUGUCAAAGUUACAGGGUGAUCAUGAAGUCUUUAGGAGUAUCUAACACACAAAAAAAAAUCCACUCAAGAAUUAUGGCUUAAAAAUUAGUCCUUCUCAAAAUCAAUUCAUUUGUAAAGAUAACUCUUAAGUGAUUAACAGCUCCAUAGCUAUUUAUUAUCAAAAAUAUGAAGGAACUAUUUUAAGGCUCAGUCUAUUCUCUUAGCCAUCUAACCAUACUGACAGCAAAAAACAGCACUUCUAUGCACUUUUGUGUGAAGACUUUGUUCUUUAUAGCAAUGUUCUUUAUAUGAAGAGCAUCCUCUUCUGUAGUAUAAUGUAUCCAGUAAUGCUAAAAAAGUUGCUUUGUUGUAUCCCUUUAAGGUAGAUCACCCACUGAGUUCUAUUUAUUCCCUUUGGCAUAGUUUGAAAGUGCUGAACCACUUUAAAAGAUAUGUGGAAAAUUUCUGUUGUAAAUACUGUCUGCUUUUUUCAGUUCUCUGUAGCCCAAGAAGAUCAUAAAGAAGACAGAAGUUCUUUUUACCUGUGUACUUUUGGACUAUGUUUCACAAUAAAUUCAAACUCUCUCUUUGUGAUGGAACACUAUUUAAACCACUGGAAUUAGAUUAAUUAGCUGUUGAGGUAUAGAAUAUUUCUGAUAAAUUUUAAACAAAUGAGGAAUACUGUGGAGGUAAUUGGUGGAAGAAGUAAUGUCAUAAGGUUGGAGUACCAUUUUUAAUGUUUCGGAGAUACUCUCGCACCCUUCCAGUACUGGAGUUGUACUCUUAGAGCUGUGAUGGUAUAAGGCUAAAAAACAGGGGCUUGGUAGGGCAGCUAUACAGUUUUUUAUUAGUUAAGAGUAGUCAGAAGCAGAGAAGCUAACAGGGACACAAAUACAAUUCACUUCUACCCUUAGGCUAGAAACACAAAACACUCAGAAACAUUUUUAACUGUAGUAUCUAGAAAACUGAAGACUGGUUUUCCCAGUUGUAUCCAUUUGGGUUAAUCACAUUUUUUUCACUCCACUAAUCUAUAUGCAAGAUGCUGUAGCUGUUUCAAAGCCAAUGAGAUACAGAUUGCUCUCCAUUGAAAUAGGUACUUUCUAGUCAACUGUUUUAUGGAAAGCAUGGAUGUUUUUAAAAAUGCAGGACGAAAAGUGACAUUGCAAAUCAGCUUUAAGUAAGCCCAGCCUGUUCUGGUGAUGGUGCAGAGGCAUUAUGUUAUGUACCUUCAGCUCAGCAUCAAACUUCAGUUUUUUUCUGCCUUUUCAUUUUUAAAUGUCAGUGCAGUCAGUCAUAAAGCCCUUAAACGCCAGUACUGCUCUUCAGGCAAGGUCAUAGCUUGGGAUUUUUGCUACAGUCAAAGCAACCUGGGCUGUCUGCCAGUUUGAAGUCACCUCAGCAGGGUGGGCAGGAGCCUUCUUCACUGUACAGUGGCAUGUUAGCUGUAAACAAGAAAUAUCAAAAGACAGCCUAUCCUUACAGGAAAUUCUCCAUUGUUCACAUUGUGUUCAAUAGUUAAAAGUUUCGUCUACAAAUCACAGGAGAAAAUGCUUCCAAAUGUCUCUUGGACUUUGUAUUCAUCUGUAAAACAGCCUGAGUUACGCAUUUCACCCAAUAAACUUUAUCUGUAUGCACAA